AUGUCUGGAUCAAGUAUAUUGCGGUAUCCAAUCGUUCAUGGGUAUCGUCUAGGUGAAGAGAUUGGAGGUGGAGGCUUUUCCAAAGUCUUUCGAGCCUUCAACGACAUCUCUGGCAAGGUCGCAGCUUGCAAAGUUGUCAAUCUAUUUAUCUCGCCUUCGAUUGGAUACGGCACGCCGAAUGUCAAGGAACUCCAGAAGGAGGUACAGGUUCAUAAAUCUCUUUCGAAGCAUGAGUACAUCCUGGAAUUCAUACAUUCCGAAGUCGUAGUCAAAGAAAAAGAGGAUGAUGGUUGGGUCCCUGGUCUAUACAUGGUCUUAGAACUUGCCAUUGGUGGUGACCUAUUCGAUAAGAUAGCUCCUGACGUUGGUAUCCCUGACGACCUGGCGAACUUUUACUUUGCUCAGAUGGCAUCCGGUAUAGAAUUCAUCCAUCAGAGGGGUAUCGCUCAUCGUGAUCUCAAACCUGAGAAUCUUCUGCUAGCUGCCAACGGGAAUCUCAAGAUCUCAGACUUUGGACUCUGCGCAGUGUUCAAGCACAAAGGCAAGACGAGACUGCUCAGUGGACGAUGUGGAAGUCUCCCGUAUGUCGCGCCGGAGCUUGGCGGACCAUCUGGAACAGGGUAUCGAGCUGAGCCCGUGGAUAUCUGGGGGAUGGGUGUCGUCCUCUAUACAAUGCUGUUUGGCAACACUCCUUGGGAUGAGCCUUCAGAUAACAGCCCAGAGUUUCGCGCGUAUCUCACUGGCGAACUCCUGCAGUAUGAGCCGUGGACAAGGAUACGAGGAUCCGCAAUGGCCAUGCUCUUAGCGCUAUUGACGGUAGAUCCUGCACGUCGGAUUACGAUGCAGCAAAUCAAGGCCCACCCCUGGUGUAUGACAUCCAGUCAACUGACAAGAGCCCAGAUGGGCGACGCCCUGACUGCGGGUAUGAGGUCCACAGGAAUGAUGACCAUCGCGGAUCCGACCUUCGCUUCUCAAGCUUCACAAGCCUACGCCGCCAACCGAUCACAAAGGAUCGCUAGUGGCAGUCAAUGGGCCAGUCAGCUGAAUCCUCAAGAAUCACAGUUCCUUCGAGCUACCGGUAACAUCACUCAAGGUGGAGAUUUCAACAAUAUCACAACCCGAUUUUGGCUCUCGAUAAGCUGUCCAGAUGCCGUCGAACUGCUUACUUCCUACCUCGAAGCAGACCUUGGCAGCAACUCUGUAUCAGCAGAGCGGCGAAGCAACGGGGCCGAUGUCAAGGUUCAAAAGGCAGCCGGCGCGAAAAGUGUAGCCGGGACGUUCCAGAUCAGAGGAGACGACAGUCUAAUGGAGGCGAAGACUAUGGUCGUAAUGCGUAGAGGCAAGGGCUCAAUACUGCACUGGAAGGCGUUCUGGUGGAGUGUCGUCAGGGAUAAGCGCUUGCUGCCCUAUGUUGUCAAAGGAGAUUAG